UGGCAUUUGAUCGAGUAUUCCGCUGAUCUCUGUAACAGUCAUGAACUGAACUGAAGAUGGAGGACGAUAAAGAUUCAAUUUCCAUUCCUUACAAGGAUUGGGAACAUAUCUACCCAUUACCUUUCGAAUCAUCCUCGUUUUCUUUGUCUUCUUCGAUCCUAACCCAUACUUGCUCUGAAACUGAUGGCCCAGAGGAGCCACCUUCGACGGGAUGGGAGGUGGUGAUGUGCCGAGACACUCAAUUCGCCGACGAUUACUCCAUAUUUCCACCGAGCAACCACGAAGGACUACACAUUCCUUUCCAAGAUGAUCUCCUCCUAGGGCGACAAGAUCCAGAAUCAGAGGUCGAAGCAUCGACAUCACCAUCUGAUUCUGAUGUAGAGGACGCAACUCCUCGGCUUUCCGAUUCCAGUCUCCGAGUCGCAGGGGACGUCGUGAAGCAAUUGCGCUUUGGGUUAAAGUUCUUGUCCUCCAAUUUCUUCCGUAUUGCUUCUUCGGUCCGUUCUCGUGUGAUCAGCGGAGGGAGUAUUUGGUCUGUUUCCUCUUCAAUCGGAGUCGCAGCGGCGCUCUUAUCGUCGUCGUUGCUGUACAUUGGGGUACGACGGUGGCGUCGAAGAAUCCAUCUGGAGAAACUGGACCGACUAAUACUUCUCAUCCAAGAGCAGAAUGAGAAGAUAAGUCGGCUCUCGCAACAAAUUGCCCAAAUGAAUGAAGUAUUAUCAGCCCGUCACAGAGUCCCUGUACUCAGGAAGGGCUGAUUGGUCCUAUACAGUUUCACAAACAGAGUGUGGUUUUCAGUGUUGGUUAUCCAGUCUCUAUUGUAAUUGGAAGCUCAGAGACUACAACAUCAGCUUAUUCAUUAAAAUGAAGAAAAAUGAGCGAUAAAAUUA